CUUUCGAUCUGAGCGGCAGCAGGAAGGGGUGGGGCGUUAGGGGGAGGAGCAGACAAAGAAAUGCAAGGGAUGGAAAGACUGCAUCGCAUCUUCUCUGGUGCCGGCGGGAUGGGCCACCCGCCGACCGAUUCCCCGCAACUCGACUCCGCCGAGCAGGUCUACAUCUCCUCUCUCGCCCUCCUCAAGAUGCUCAAGCACGGGAGGGCUGGAGUGCCCAUGGAGGUGAUGGGGCUUAUGCUUGGGGAGUUCGUGGACGAGUACACCGUCAGGGUCGUCGACGUCUUCGCGAUGCCGCAGAGCGGGACGGGCGUCAGUGUUGAGGCCGUUGAUCACGUUUUCCAGACCAAUAUGCUCGACAUGCUGAAGCAGACCGGAAGGCCCGAAAUGGUUGUCGGAUGGUACCAUUCUCACCCAGGCUUUGGUUGCUGGCUUUCUGGUGUUGAUAUAAACACCCAGCAGAGUUUUGAAGCCCUCAAUCCAAGGGCAAUAGCUGUUGUUGUAGACCCAAUACAGAGUGUGAAGGGGAAGGUGGUUAUUGAUGCUUUUCGCUUGAUCAAUCCUCAGACAAUGAUGCUUGGGCAGGAACCGCGCCAAACAACAUCCAAUGUUGGACAUCUUAAUAAGCCAUCCAUACAGGCACUUAUCCAUGGGCUGAAUCGGCAUUACUAUUCUAUCGCAAUAAAUUAUAGGAAGAAUGAGCUCGAGGAGAAAAUGUUGCUGAACCUGCAUAAAAAGAAAUGGACAGAUGGUUUGAUACUCCGGCCAUUUGACACUCAUUCCAAAACCAACGAGCAGACAGUCCAGGAAAUGUUGGAUCUGGCUAUCAAAUAUAACAAAGCAGUUCAGGAGGAGGAUGAGCUUCCACCGGAAAAAUUGGCCAUUGCGAACGUUGGAAGGCAAGAUGCAAAGAAACAUCUGGAAGAGCAUGUGUCUAACUUGAUGUCUUCAAACAUAAUCCAAACUCUAGGAACCAUGUUGGACACAGUUGUAUUUUAGAACACAACUUAGGAUUCCUUACCGAGAUAAUCCUCGACUAAACGAUCAGAUUUAAUCUAUUCAUGACUCCCUGUGUUUUGCUAAAAGAAAAGACGGUAAUGCUAGUCUUUCAAUUGAACAAGGAUUGGGCUUGCAAGCAAAAUCUUAUACAAUUAAUUUUCUCCGGAGAUUAUUAUGCUAAAGAGGGUUAUUUUGUGUACUAGUGGAAUUUGGUUAUUUCAUAAUUAAAUGGGUAGAUUUGUCGAGUUCGUUUUUAUUGAA